AUGUCCCUUCUCACCUCCUUCAUCCUCUUCUUCACUCUCCCCAUCUUCACCCUAUCCACCAAACUCACCACCCGAACUACCGCCCCCGACAACUGCAUCAUCGUCGACCAAACCAACACCACCAAUAACACCAGCACCGUAUACAAAACCAUCGCCGCCGCCCUCGAAAGCCUCCCCUCCUCUAUCUCAUCAGCAUGCAUCUACAUCGCCUCCGGCACUUACGAAGAACAACUCGUAAUCAAGUACCGUGGCAACUUGACCAUCCUCGGUGAAACCAACGAUACAACCACCUACGCGCAUAACACGGUGACCAUCACACAUACGAUCUCAUCUCCCGAGGCCGGCUCGCUGGUCGAUAGCGCUACAGUGGCGGCUGAGAGCGAUGGGCUGAAGCUGUAUAAUAUCAACGUCGUGAAUGGGUUUGGGGCCGGGGCGCAGGCUGUUGCACUCUCCGCGAAAGGCGACAGAAUGGGCUUUUAUGCUUGCCAAUUCAUCGGCUAUCAGGAUACGUUGUAUGCGAAAGAUGGAACGCAAUAUUAUAAGAACUGUUAUAUCGAAGGAGCCGUCGACUACAUCUUCGGCGCCGCAUCCGCCUACCUCUCAACCUGCACCAUCAUCUCCACCGGCAAAGGCUUCAUAACCGCCAUGUCACGACAACUCGAAUCCGACCCGGCCUGGUACGCAUUCGACUCAUGCACGAUCAGCGCCGCACCGGGGCUCGAAGACGAGUUAGCAGGAAAGGUGUAUCUGGGACGACCAUGGCGGGUCCUCGCGAGAGUAAUCUAUCAAAAUUCUGAACUUAGUGGCAUUAUUAAUGAAGCAGGAUGGACUACGAUGGCAGAGGGCGCAACGCCGCUGUUCUAUGAAUAUGGCAAUCGAGGAGAGGGAGCGGAUACGGGGAAAAGGGUUUGGGAGAGUGAGAUCGACGGGGAGGUGGCAAGGGAGGUGGUGUUAGGGGAAGAUUGGGAGGAGUGGGUGGAUAUUGAGGGGGGAUGGAUUUAA